AAGUGACUUCAUCUAUCUAUAUACCAGGCUGGCAAUCCCACACGGGGUGACCCAGACAAGGCACUGCACACUCACACAAACAUCAUUCACACUCUUAGCCCUAUUGACCACUGGUGGAAAGGGAGAGUCUUGUGGACCACCAUAAGAGAUAAAUGGAUGAGUGAAAAAUAAAUGUUAGGAGAUUUUAAGAUUUUGUGGUGAGAAUAUUUUUGGAAAAGAAAGAAGAGAUGAAGUGAGGUGCAGAAUGCAGAUGAAGAAUGGACAGUAAGGGAGGUUGAUGCAAAGGCUGCCCUUCAAACCAUACCAGAAAUCAGAACUGCUCUCUUUCUGGUUACUGUGUGACUAUCAAGUGUCAUGAAAUUGUGAGUGUUGAACUGUCGGCUUUGAAUGAGUGGAGAGGUGGUGUUUGUAAUGGAAGGCAUUCUGAGUCAACGAACAGUUAAACAUUUAUAGAGAAAGAGAGAAGAAAAAGGGCACUUCAGUAUUUUCUUGACUGUCUUCCAGUGUGUGCACAAGAACAAUGCUAGAUGUGGUUCUUAUAACCAUAUUGUACUUUUACAUCCUUAAGAGAAACAACAAGGAUUAUGAGAUGGACUGGGUAGUGUUCUGUGUGGCUCUGCUCCAUCUGGUGGUUGCUCCCUUCACUAAGGUGGAGGAGAGCUUCAACCUCCAGGCCUGCCAUGACCUGCUGUUCAAGGGUGUCCACCUUGAGGAAUAUGACCACCUGGAAUUCCCUGGAGUGGUGCCCCGGACAUUUGUGGGGCCCAUCGUGGUGUCAGGACUCGCCUACCCUGUGGUUGCUCUCUCCAGGCUGCUUGGAUUCUCAAAAUUCUUCGCCCAGUAUGUCGUGAGAGGAGUGCUGGGGCUACUGGUGGUCCUGGCCUGGAGAAGGUUCCGCAAGCAGCUGGAGAAGCUCUUUGGUCAGUCUGUCACCAUCUGGUUCACUCUCAUCACCGCCUCACAGUUCCACUUCAUGUACUACCUGAGUCGCCCAUUGCCGAACACAUUUGCUCUCGUGUCGGCACUCCUUGCCUUUUCCUACUGGCUGGAGCAAAAACAUGCUCAUCUGAUAUGGACAUCUGCUGUUGCUGUGCUGAUAUUCCGAUCUGAACUGUGUCUUCUCCUGGGGACAAUGGUGCUGGCAGACUUGUCAACACAGAGACUGCAGCUCCUGCCGUUUAUGAAGAAUGCAAUCCCUGCUGGGCUGUGUUGCCUUGGCACCACGAUUGCUGUGGACUCUCUCUUUUGGGGCCGCCUGCUGUGGCCAGAGGGGGAAGUGUUCUGGUUCAACACAUACAAGAACCAGAGUGGGAACUGGGGUAGCUCCCCAAUCUUAUGGUACUGGUACUCGGCACUGCCCCGGGCCAUGGCCUCCAGCCUCUUUCUUGUGCCCUUUGGUGUCGCCUUGGACAAGCGCCUGCAGAUCCUCAUCACGCCCUGCAUCAUAUUUGUCUGCCUCUACUCCCUCCUGCCACACAAGGAACUUCGGUUCAUCAUGUACAUCUUUCCAAUCUUGAAUGCUGCUGCUGCUAAGGCCUGCCAUUUCUUCUGGAUGGGACGAGAAAAAUCCGGGAGCCGGCAGCUAGUGGCCAUUGGGUGUGUGGUGCAUCUGGUGGUGAACUCGGCCUUCACCACACUGCUGCUCACCAUCUCUGCCAACAACUACCCUGGUGGCACAGCCAUGAUGAGGCUUCACAAGAUGGUGCCGGCAGACACCAAUGUGUAUGUCCACAUUGACAACUUUGCUGCUCAGACUGGUGUGUCCCGCUUCACACACCUCAACGACCACUGGAGAUACAACAAGACAGAGCACCUCAAGGCAGGCAGCAGGGACAUGCGGUCCUUCUCACAUCUGCUGGUGGAGGCAAAGUCCAAGUACUCAUACAACCUGAAGCACUACACCUCCUCUCAUGAAGUUAUGUCCUCAGUGGAGGCCUUCUCUCACCUCAGCUUCAAUUACCAGCAGUUUCCACCAGUGAAGGUAAGAGUCAAGCCAGCACUCUUCAUCUUGAAAAACCUUGAGGAUGAAAAUGUGGACUGGUCAUGGAUGCACAGCAGUCCAGAAGACUUUGAGGAGCCUGAGGAGGAAAUGAUACCAGAGAUGGCCUCAGCCCAGCCUCCUUUAGUGGAGGAACCCAUACCAGAUGAGUUGCUUGAGGCCGUGGAACCAGAAGAGCAGGAGCAGUAUCUCUUUACCAAAGCAACAGAACGAGAGAUACAGGAAAGUGAGACACCUUACAUGGAUGGCAGUGAGGAUGGAGAGGAUGGAAUAGAACCAACUGUAACUGAGACAUUGACAGAAGGCAAAGUUGAGGAUGAAUCAGAUGACAAAGAAUAUGAUAUCCCCACAGAACCAAAGCUUCCCGAGACUGGCUGCUUCAGGCCUGAGGGAGGAGGUGAGCCAAGCAUUCCAGGAGCUGAGGAGGACAGUCCUGAGGUGCCAGCAGAGUCUCAGAUGUCCCAAAGUGUUCCGAGCAGUGAAGAAGGUAGUCUGACUGGAGAUUGUUCUCAGUGCACUGCCAGUGAUGCCAGUGUUCCUGAUAACCUGGUGUCCCACAGCAGUGCUAUUAGUAUUGAUUCUGAUGUUAGGCAGCCUGAUGAUAAGAAUGUCACUGCUGAGAGCCAAAGUAACAUAAGGAUGGGAGGCAGUGUAAAGAGUAAUGAUUCAGAAACUAGCCAUUUGGAUGAUAAAAAUGUCAUUGUUGAGGGGCAAAGUAGCUUAAAAAUAGGAGGCAGUGAAAGUAGUGUUGAUUCAGCUGCAGAAAGCAAGUCAGUAGGUAAUGAUAGAUCUGCAAACCAAAGUGAUCUAGUCAGUGACAGUAGUAGUCAUGAGUCAGAUGAUGUUUCUUCUCUAAAAGAGAAAAUUAGUGGUAAGGCUGAUCCAGCCAAUGUGUAUGAUGGUAACAUUUCAGCUGAUCAGAAAUGCCUGGAUAGUGUUCAUAUUGGUGUGGGUGUCCAAAGUAAUUCCUGUGACAAAAUUCAUGAUGACAUGACUGGCCAGAGGAGUGAGGUAAGUGAAGAUAUGGGUAGUGGCUCUAGUGAUGGUAAUGAUAAUAUUGAAGAGUAUCAUAAUGAGGAGGAUGAGGAAGGUUAUGAAAGUGCAGCUCAGACAAGUAACUUAAAUAGUGACUUAUAUGAUAGGACCAGUAAAGAUAAUGACAUAGUUUAUGAUAGUAGACAUAAUGAUCUAUCUCUGAAGAAUGGAAUCUCUGAUGAAUAUGAUGGUGACAGCAAUGUUGAGGAAAUUGUUUAUGAUAGCAUUGAAAGCAUUCCAGGUGACAAGAUGAUGAUGAGUGAGAGUGAGGAAUUAGGUAGUGUAGGAAAUGCCACAGAACAUGCUAUUGGGGAUGAAGAUACAUUCAUUGGAGUUCCAAAUAUUGAUGCAAGUGGAGACAUCAGUGACAAACAAGCAAUGAAUGAGGAAGACAGUGCUUAUCAACUGGAACAAGGAAGUAUUGAUGCAAAGGAUAACAGAUACACAGAAAUUUAUCAAGACUUCUAUGAAACAGAUGAGGAUUUGAAUGCUCCAUUGCAAGAUGAAUAUUUAGCCAGUAAGGAAGUUGAUAUUUCCAAUUUUGAGAGUGAAAACUUAGCUAGCAAUUUAAUUAUUGAUGAAAAUUCCAUAGAUCAAGUUGAGGAUAAGAAAAUUGAUGAUAAAAAUGCAGUUUAUGUUGAGAAUGAAUAUUUUGUUGAAUAUAUUGAUGAGAGUAUAAACUCUGAUGAUAUUGUGAGUAACAUAGCAGAGGAUAGAGUAAGUGAUGAAGACUUAGCUGGUGAAUUUCAUGAAUAUAUUUACGAUCCAAGAAUUAUUAUUGACGACACAGAGGAUGACAGUGCUCAAGACUCUGAUUAUGAAAUUGAAGAUGUUGAUGAAGAUAUCCCUCCUGUAAAUAAUGAGUUUGUUAUUGAUGAUACUGAUGAAGAAGAUGUGAUCAAAGGUACAGAUGAUGAGAUUAAGACUGAUGAUGAUGAAAAUGUUGAGGAUACCGACAAUGAAAUGAAUAUUGAAGAAACUGAUGGUGAUAUUGUGACUUAUGCACCUGAUAAUGAAUAUAUGAUAGAAGAAGACAAUGAUAAGUUUGACAGUGUAGAUAAUAAGGAUAUGAUUGAGAAUAUGAAUGAUAGUACAAAUGUUAAUGUUAUUUAUGAAACUGAUGAUGAUGAUAAUGAUAAUGUUGAUGUUGUCUAUGAAACUGAUGAAGAGAGUAUAGUCAGUAAGGUAGAUGGUAAUGAUGAUUCCAUUGAUGAUAAUGAUAAUGUUGAUGUUGUCUAUGAAACUGAUGAAGAGAGUAUAGUCAGUAAGGUAGAUGGUAAUGAUGAUUCCAUUGAUGAUAAUGAUAAUGUUGAUGUUGUCUAUGAAACUGAUGAAGAGAGUACAGUCAGUAAGGUAGAUGGUAAUGAUGAUUCCAUAGAGAUUAAGAGUAAGAAUGCUGAUGGUAAAGAUAAUGAUAAAGUUGAUAAAAAUAAACUUUUGUUAGAUUUGGAGAGCAAGAAAAGCACAAAGGAACCUGAAGAAGAUCAAAAUACUGGAGGGGGAGGAGAAGGAGAUGGUAUUUUGCAUGCCGCUGAUGUGACCACACCAAGAGACGAUGAUGGAGAUGUGGGAGUUGUUGAACAUGAUGGCAUUGAAGAUUUACAAACAAGUGCAGGUGAUGGUGACUCAGAACAUGUGAGGAAAGACACCGGUUGCAAAGUGGAUUGUGGCACAGCGGAUGAAAAUGUCUUGUGUUGUGACACUGAGACUGGUGAUGAACGAGUGAAGGAUGGUGUGAAAAUUAGUCAUGUUGAUAGUGAUGAUAAAGAUGAUGGUGAUGAUGAUGAUGGUCAUUUAGUUGUGAUAGAUAGUGCAGCUGAUAGUGUGUUAUCUCCUAAGGAUGACAUUAAUGAAGAGGACAAUACAGUAGUCAGCCAAAGUAGAGUUGUUAGUGAUAACUUUAACCAGGGUGAGGCAGAAGUCACUCACACCAAAGCCAAAGAUCUUGUUAACAAUGAUAUUAAUUCUAGCAAUAGUUACAUUAGUAGAAAUGUUCCGAAUGUCCGUGAUUGCAUUAAUAACAGUGUUCCUGAAAUUGAUCCAGAGUUGCCUGCUGACCCAGACGGGCUGAAAACUUUAAGUCCAGAAGAAAGACCCCUUGAAGACUCUCAAACUGAGGACCAAAGUGAGGAGGAGGGAGGAGGAGGGAAGGAGACGAGGUUUGUAGAAGUGACAGUAAAUGUAGAGGAGAGUGAGCCCAGUGCAGGAGUUAGUGAAAGACUAACUGUGAGGAAGGGAGAGCCAGAGGGACCCACAUGUAGUGUUGUGCAGUUAUGUCAUGUGGGAGAUCCCUUCCAGCCUGCCCUUCCUCACUCAGCAGUUGUCUGGUCUCCCUGUCCUUGCCUAUCCUAAGGUGACAGGUGCAGGGGUGUGGGCAAGGCAGCAACAGAUACAGCAUGCUACCUGUGAUAUUCUCUCUCUCUCUCUCUCUCUCUCUCUCUCUCUCUCUCUCUCUCUCUCUCUCUCUCUCUCUCUCUCUCUCUCUCUCUCUCUCUCUCUCAAGCUGACAGUCAUUGGGAGCAUUAGGUAGCUUUAAUAGGUAGAGUGAGCUUGAAAGAGUCUUCCUGGAUACUGGAGAUGAGAGUUGGUGGCAGGAUGAAUCUAACCAUUAUGGCAGGGUGACACUGUGGUGGGUGCCAAGCACCCACCACAGUGUGGCUUAAGAAACAGGGAGUUGAAGUUGUGAGGGAAGGGAGAAGGGAUGGUCUGAUGGUAUUGUGUUUCCUGGGUUUUGGGAAAGUUGAGGUGGAGUUGCAGGUUAAGAGUGUUUGUGGGAUGGGAUUGGGCAAGAAUGAGAGGAUUAUGGGUUGUGGCAGUGAGUUUUUUGAGUGUUUUGAGUGAUGCAGGAUGGUGAGUGAAUGAAAAAUUGCCUCCUCUUGCUGGUGGGAUAUCUCUUUCUCUGUCUCUCUGGUGUGAUGAUGGAUUAGGGUUGUGGGCUAUGGCGGUAGUGUUAUGAGUGGCAGAGUAUGAUGAAAGGAUGAAAACUACCUCUUGUUGCUGGCUGAUCUCUCUGUCUCUUUCAUGUGUGAUGGAUUGGGCAAGAGGGAGAGGGUUGUGGGCUGUGGCAGUGGUGUUAGGAGUGGCAGGAGAUGACAAAAAAUUAAACCUGCCUCAAUGCUGGUAGGAACUCUCUCUCUCUCUCUCUCUCUCUCUCUCAUGGGUGGCAGGCUGUGGUGGUGCUGCCUUGCCACCUGCCAGGUUAAGAGAGUUUCGUCACGCUGGAACGGCUUGACUACUUGCUAAGCUCUGUAACUGCUCAUAGAUAUUGUACCUUUAUGUACUUCCAAGGCAUUCCUGUUUUAUCCACACUAUUAGUUGUAUUAAUUUAUAAUCUUUCCUCAAUGAAUAUAUACUAGUUAUUUUAUGGUAGUAACACUAUUUUGAUUGCCAAGAACCCAUGAACCUGACUUCAUAAAACCAACCUUCAUUGAGACUGGUCAUGUUUUACCUCAGAGCUUUAAAUAUUGUGCAUAUUGAACAAUACCAAGAUAAAUUAAUUGUUAUAAAGUCUGAGUAAUAUUAACACUGUAUGACAUUGUUGAUCCUGAAGUUAUUAUACAUUAUGAACAUGAUUUUUUUGACUGAUCAGUGGAUGAGAUUGUUAUUUUAUGUUACAGUAACUUGAUGGACCGACUGCCGAUCUCCUCAUUAACUGUGUGCUCUGUGAGUGGCAAGUGUGUGUGAGCGUGUAUGUGUGUGUGUGUCUGUGUGUGUGUGUGUGUGUGUGUUUGUGUGUGUGUGUGACAUCCUGUAACAUAGCAUGUGGUGAGUAACAAGCUGUAAUGUCCACUCAAGUUACCUAAGUUGGACCCUGUGUGAUAUUACUAUGACAAAAACUUUAUUGUUGAA